AUGAUGACAGCGCGACCUGAGGAUGAUGUGCCCCUUUUGCCACCUACUCUUGUUAACAACAUCACUCUUGCGCAGUAUGCCAGUGUGGAUGAUGACUUAGUAACCAGCUGCCCUGCCAGGGAGUACGCAGUGUUGCUGAAAACAUUCGGUCCCUAUCCCCGCCUUGUGUUUGUAUGGUCCGUUGAAAUCGCCGUGAACACAUCGGCAAGAGCCGUGCAAUGUCUGACGGUCGCCGAGUAUCUCUCCGCCUUCCUGGAGCUGUGUGGGUCCCCUGAACCGCCGAAGAAGGUCGUAGGGAUCUGCCUUCUGGUUCUUCUGGCCAUCACCACCUCCUACAGCGUGAAGGUUGUCGGCAAGGAUACAGGUCUUCUUCACUGCUGCCAAAUUGGGAGCUCUCGUUGUGAUCAUCAUCGGAGGACUGGUCAAAAUAGGACAAGGCACGGUAUCUGAGCUACCAACUGGGUUUGAUGGAUCUGUGACUAAGGCAUCCAACAUCGCUCUGGCGUACU